AAGCAGAGGAAUAGAGGAUAGGAUAAAGCAAGCAAAAACACUGAGAAGCUCUCCAUUUUCUUGAAAAAUGGCCCUAACUCUCUCUCCUUCAUCUCUCUCCUCUCCUUCAUCUCUCUCAUCUCCCAAGCAAAACCCACUUUCUCUUUCUCUCUCUACACCCACCUGCAACUUUCUCUCCCACAAUUUCUCCUCACUCACUCUCUCCACUUCUUUCAAGCCCACAUUCUCAUUUGUCACCAAAUUCUCACAAACUGACCAAUCUGUUGUUGUUGAGGCUGAAUCCGGGUCGGAAAACGGGUCAGAACCUGAACCGGAGGAGGCCCAGGUGGUGGAAAGCCAGGUGGUUGAGAGUUCAAGUGAGGAGCCCAAGAAAGAAGAUGUCUUUGCUGUUGUUAUGAUUGGGGGUCGACAAUAUAUUGUUUUCCCUGGACGAUUUCUUUAUACUCAAAGGCUAAAAGGAGCAAACGUAAAUGAUAAAGUCAUACUGAACAAGGUGUUGCUGGUUGGAACAAAGACUAGCACGUACAUCGGAAAGCCAGUGGUACCUAAUGCUGCUGUGCAUGCUGUAGUUGAAGAGCAGGGACUAAAUGAUAAAGUUAUUGUCUUCAAGUACAAGAAGAAGAAGAAUUAUAGACGAAACAUUGGUCACCGACAGCCAAAUACACGUAUAAGGAUAAUGGGCAUCACGGGUUAUGAGGACUCCCCAGCGGUGACCCUUCCUUGAGAUAUCCUUGCAAAGCUUCUAGUUUUAGGCUGCCAAGUACAUUACAAGGAUUGUUAACUUUGUAAAAGCCAAUGUUGUGUAUUAAAAUUCGAAAGAUUCAAAUUGUGGAGAGGUAUCUCUAUCGUUACGGAUUAUUUUUUUAUCAGCCAAGGGCCCAAAGAGUCAUGUUUUUAAAAUAUAUAAGAAGAAAUCUAUAAUAUUAUCGA